CAGUGAAUCGAAGAAGAAGAAAAAACCAGAGAGAAUCGAAUUCUGGAUUGUUAGAAGUAUCGACGACGGGGGCAGAAUCGGAAUUUCGAUUGGGUGAGGAGGAUGUCAGGAGAGGAGUACAGCGAUGAGACUCUUCUGCUGAGAUCCUCGAAAGACUACACCGAAGACGAGCACGGCGCAGUUUCGACGGAGGACGACGGCGGUGACGGCGGCAACGGAGACUUGGAAGCGCAGGAGGGGAUACUGAGCCGGAAAAGUAGCACGAGCCCGAGCAGUAGAGUCGGUGCGUUCAAGGAUCUGCUGCUGAAGCAUUUGGACGGCGCCGGAGGGAUUUCCGGUCGCCGGAACAGUUUCAAGCGGGUCGAAGGGAAUAGGGAGAGAGAUUGGGAGAGUAAUCGGAGGGAGCGGCGGCGAUCGCCGGUGGAUCAGCUGCGGCAUAGUAGUAAUCAUGACUCGUCGUCGUCGGCCGGAAUCGAUGAGGACGAUGAACUUGCCGAUAGUGCUCCGCCAGAGUGGGCCAUGCUUCUCCUUGGGUGCAUUCUCGGCCUCGCCACCGGUCUCUUUGUUGCUGCAUUUAACAAAGGGGUACAUGUUAUACACGAAUGGGCCUGGGCUGGUACUCCAAAUGAAGGUGCGGCGUGGCUCCGUCUGCAGAGACUGGGCGAUACCUGGCAUCGGAUACUUUUAAUACCUGUUACGGGUGGGGUUAUUGUUGGCAUGAUGCAUGGUUUACUUGAAAUAUUAGAUCAAAUAAGGCAAUCCAGUUCCUCUCAGGGGCAAGGAUUUGAUUUACUAGCUGGCGUCUUUCCAACAAUAAAGGCCGUCCAGGCAGCUAUUACGUUAGGUACUGGUUGUUCUUUAGGUCCUGAAGGCCCUAGUGUAGAUAUUGGAAAAUCCUGUGCCAAUGGGUUCUCAUUAAUGAUGGAAAACAACAGAGAAAGGAAGAUUGCGCUCGUUGCAGCAGGUGCUGCUGCUGGAAUUUCUUCAGGAUUUAAUGCGGCAGUUGCUGGUUGUUUCUUUGCUAUUGAAACGGUGUUAAGACCGCUUCGAGCAGAGAACUCUCCUCCUUUUACCACCGCAAUGAUUAUAUUGGCUUCUGUUAUAUCCUCGACAGUAUCUAAUGUUUUACUUGGGACACAGUCAGCCUUCACAGUGCCUGUUUACGAUUUGAAAUCUGCUGCAGAAUUGCCCCUCUACCUUAUAUUGGGAAUGCUAUGUGGUGCUGUGAGUGUUGCCUUCAAUCGCUUGGUUGCUUGGUUCACAAAGUUUUUUGAUUAUAUCAAGGAAAGAUUUGGCCUUCCUGCAGUUGCAUGCCCUGCUUUAGGUGGUUUAGGAGCUGGCUUGAUUGCUCUCAGGUAUCCGGGGAUUCUGUACUGGGGUUUCACAAAUGUUGAAGAAAUUCUGCAUACUGGAAAGACUGCUUCCGCUCCUGGAAUCUGGCUGUUAACUCAGUUAUCAGCAGCCAAAGUUGUAGCGACAGCUUUAUGCAAGGGUUCUGGGCUAGUAGGUGGACUAUAUGCACCAAGCUUGAUGAUUGGGGCUGCUGUUGGUGCUGUAUUUGGGGGUUCCGCGGCAGAAUUGAUUAAUUCAGCAAUUCCAGGAAAUGCUGCUGUUGCUCAGCCACAGGCAUAUGCACUGGUGGGGAUGGCUGCUAUGCUGGCUUCAGUUUGUUCGGUGCCAUUGACGUCAGUUCUCCUUCUGUUUGAGCUGACAAAAGAUUAUCGAAUAUUGCUUCCUCUCAUGGGGGCUGUUGGAUUGGCAAUAUGGGUUCCCUCUGUGGUAAACCAGGGAAAGGAAACUGAAGCAUCUGAUACGCGGAAUUCUGCAAGAGGUUACUCUUCUGUUUCGGCUGCUGAAGAGAAAGAUGAAGUUAGUUGGAGACAACGUGAUAGUGGAGAUGAUCUGGAACUGUCCACAAUGGGAAAUACUUCUGAUGCUGAAUUAACUGAAGAAAUGCUUCUGGAAAAUCUGAAGGUUUCGCGUGCCAUGUCAACAAAUUAUGUGAAAGUUUCCCUGACCGUAACUAUACAAGAGGCAAUUCAAUCCAUGCAUGACAAUCAUCGGAAUUGUCUGUUAGUAGUUGAUGAUGAAGAUUUUCUGGAGGGAAUAUUGACGUAUGGUGAUGUGAGACGGUAUCAAUCAAGGAAGUCAACUGAUACCUUGAAGAGUGAUUCUAGAUUUCUGGAUGAAAAUACCUGUCUUGUAUCCUCUAUAUGUACUAGAGAAAUCAGCUUUCAUGGAGGAACCCGAGGUCUACUAACCUGUUAUCCAGACACAGGUUUGUUAAUGGCAAAGGAGCUAAUGGAGGCCAAAGAUAUCAAGCAGUUGCCUGUGGUUAAGCGUGGUAGACAACCACCAAAAGAAACAAGGCGGAGACUUAUUGCUAUUCUUCGUUAUGAUUCAAUCAUGAAGUGUCUCAGGGAUGAGAUAACUCACAGGAAAUCAAUUCAUCAACAUAGAAAAGAGAAUUUUGACGAAUUAACAAAUGGCCAUUAAUUUCAGCUGGCUGAAGAGCUGUCAUCUACUUAAAUUGUGUGACGGCCACUGCAAAAAGAAGCUGAAAUCUCCAAGAAACAGCAACUAGCCCUCUGGGGGCUGGUUUGUUCCUUUAUGUUUGGAAUUUGGCUCGCAAAUGAGGUUGAUAGUGAGGUAUAUAUUCUCAAGCGCUGUUGUGGGUUUUCUCGGCUCCACAAUACCUAGUAAAAUUGGUUUGAUUUUUGGUCAGACCUGGCAACUUGAGUAUUGUAUAUGGAAAAUGCAGUGAAUAUGGAUGUAACUUAGCGUGAAAAAUGCAAAAUACAAAUUAUAAGCUGAAUCAAAAAAAUUUCUUACACUU